AUGACCGCAACCAUUUGCCUCGUUUUUUUUUCUUCUGUUACAAUUGUUAAAAAUAUUUUUUUCUAUUUAUUUAUUUCUGAUUUUCUUUUUCUCUUUUUUUUCUUUUUUCCCCAAAAAAAUCUUUUAUUUAUUAUUUACUUAUAUUACUUUCUUUUUUUCCUACCAUCUAUUAAAAUAUUUCUUUCUUUUUUUUCUUUUCUUUAUCUUUUUCUUUUUGUUUCUAACUGUCUUUUUUCUUGUCGAGUUGUUCAAACUUAUUUUACUUUCUCUUUUUUCAAAAAUUUUUAUCUAUCUAUCUAUCUAUCUAUCUAUCUAUCUAUCUAUCUAUCUAUCUAUCUAUCUAUCUCAAUUUUUAUUGCUGGUAAUAUUUUUCUAUCUAUCUAUCUAUCUAUCUAUCUAUCUCAGUAUAUAUUGGUAGCCCGUGGAACCACAAGAACAGAAGUGGGGUCGAUGACCCUCCACAACGAUGAGGAUCGUCCGGCUACGUCAAGUCAAGGUGUCGAGACAUUGUCAUCUGUAGGAUUAUAUCUCGGGUUGCAAUGCCCGCUUAACUUUUCAGUGACGAGACUUCCUCGACUUGCCCAUCCACAAGGUUCCCCCUCUGCAUCCAUUGGAAAACCAUGCAGAAUAAUAGUGGUCAUGCGGGCGCCCAUAUAUUCAGUUUGCAUCCUCACUGAUUUGGUGAAUAUAUAUGAUAUUCUUCAAAUCUCUAUCCUUCUAUGUAUCUAUCUAUCUAUCUACCUACCUAUUUAUCUACAUAUUUGUGUAUGUUCCUAUCUAUCUAUCUAUCUAUCUAUCUAUCUAUCUAUCUAUCUAUCUAAAUCUAUUGACUAUCUAUUUAUCCCCCUCUCUCUCUCUCUCUAA